UGGAGGUGGGGACAUGAUGCGGUUCACAAUGCGGGCGCGAUUCUUUUGAUUUUGUUCUGUGCUUUGUUGUUUAAUGUGCGGAGAAGAUGCCCUUCGCUCGUGAAAGUGCCAAAAACUAGAUCCCGCGAACUAAAAUUUAAAUGAAGCAUAUUCUCCUGUGCCCUAAAUUUGCCUAUGCUUGAAAUGAUUCGGCGAAUAUGCCCCAAAACGCUAGUUUAUCGUCCAGCGAUGGCGGCUCGGGAGAUGAUUCUCUCGGCAGCUGUGUGCCUCUGCUCGAUUGCGGCGGUGAGACUGAUGGAUCUCUACUGGGAUUCUCCGUCCCCCGGGCCGCAUUGGAUGGAGCAGGAAUCCGGGCCGGCAUUGCGAGCUUCUUGCUCGGGGCAUGGUAGGGUUUUCAACGACGGCAGCGAUCUGGCGUGCGAGUGUAGCGACUGCUACACUGGCGUGAAUUGCUCUGAGCUCCAGCAUGGCUGCAUGGUCGAUGCCGAUGCUGGCGAUCCAACUUUCCUGGAGCCCUUCUGGAUGGAGCACGGGGCUGAUGCCGGCGUGUUCAUGCCCAGCUGGUAUAGAAUGGGCUACAGCGUAAAGAAGAAGGGAUCCUCGCCCGCGCACAAAGAACUUCCGCUUGUGUACGUGAUAAAAGAGCUCGAAGACAGCAUUAGGGAGCUCCAUGAACUGGUCGGGAAUGCCGUCGUCAAGGACAAGUAUUUGGUUAUCGGAACUGGUUCCAUGCAGCUCGUUGCCGCCGCUCUCAAUGCUCUCUCCGAUUCGUUUCCGGAGAAGCCUGGCGCUGUUGUCACCAGAGCACCGUGCUACAUGAUUUACAAGUUACAAGUCGACGUGCUUUCUUCUUCCAAGUUCCAAUGGGGUGGUGAUGCUGUGGCGGCUUUUGAGAAGAAAGCAUUCGAUCCUUCUUCAGUGGUGGAGCUUCUGGCUGCUCCUAAUAACCCCGACACUUCGAUUCUAGAGCCUGUCUACAAAGGAACGAACGCGAAGAUUAUCCACGACAAGGCGUACUACUGGCCGCACUACACUGCCAUCGCUGGAGCUCUGGACGAGGAUGUGAUGCUCUUCUCGCUGUCGAAAACCACCGGCCAUGCGGGCUCCAGAAUCGGAUGGGCGCUGGUGAGAGACAUUGAGGUCUACAAGAAGAUGUUCAUGUACAUUGCGGUGUCAACCAUUGGAGUUUCUCGCGAGUCACAGUUGCGAGCCCACCGGCUGAUCAAAUCACUGCUGGAUGGAUAUCAAAAUGGCGGAAGCCACAAAGCGCGGAUGUUUGACUUCGGCUACCACACACUUCAGUCACGCUGGCAGACACUAGCGGAGAUAUUCAAAGCCUCAACCAGGUUCUCUAUUCAGAAAACCGACUCUCAGCAUUGCUCCUUCUUCAAGAAAGAAGUGUCUCCUUCUCCAGCUUAUGCUUGGAUCCGCUGCGAGCAAGAGGAAGACUGUCACUCGAUUUUCGCAGCAGCAGGAAUAAAUGGCCGUCCAGGACGAGCAUUUGGAGUCAGCAAUCGCUACAUACGGCUGUGCAUGAUAAAACGAGACGACGAGUUCGAGCUACUUGCUGGUAAGCUCCAGGCUCUCGUGGACACAGAGCUAACGAACGAGUAAACAAUCGUUUGCUCGACGAGUUCGAGCUACUACUCGCGGGUAAGCUCCAAGCUCCUGUGGACACGCAGGUAACAAACGAGUAAACAAUCGCUUAUUCAAUCAAUCUGUGUGUGAGCACUGUGAAGAACAAAAAGUUUGCUUUUGCUUUCAA